AUGCAUAGAACUUAUUCAUUAAGAUCUUCAAAAGCACCAACUGCUUCACAAUUACAAUCUCCGCCACCACCACCAUCAAGUACCAAAAAUAAAUUUUUUGGUUCUGGUGGGUUAUCUUCAACCAUCAGAAAGGCCGCUGCUGGUGCCACUGGUCCAGAAUUGUCUCGUAAAUUAUCUCAAUUCAUCAAGAUGGAAAAGAACUUUAUGAGAGCUGUUGAAGUUACUUCACGUGAAAGAAAAGAUGUUGCUAAGCAAUUGAGUGCUUGGGGUGAAGAUAAUGAGGACGAUAUUAGUGAUGUCACUGAUAAAUUGGGUGUUUUGAUUUACGAAAUUGGUGAAUUGGAAGACCAAUACAUUGACAAAUAUGAUCAAUACAGAAUUACUUUGAAAUCUAUUAGAGAUAUCGAAGGUUCUGUUCAACCAAGUAGAGACAGAAAACAAAAAAUCACUGAUGAAAUUGCUCAUUUGAAAUAUAAAGACCCACAAUCACCAAAAAUACCAGUUUUGGAACAAGAAUUGGUUAGAGCUGAAGCUGAAUCUUUAGUUGCUGAAGCUCAAUUGAGUAAUAUCACUAGAGAACAAUUGAAAGCUGCUUUCAACUAUCAAUUUGACGCUACCAGAGAAUUGGCUGAAAAAUACGCCUUAAUUGCUGGUUACGGUAAAGCCUUGUUGGAAUUGUUGGAUGAUUCUGCUGUUACUCCUGGUGAAACUAGACCAGCUUAUGAUGGUUAUGAAGCUUCUAAACAGAUCAUUAUCGAUGCUGAAAAUGCCUUGGCUUCAUGGACUUUGGAUUCCGCUGCUGUUAAACCAACUUUAUCUUUACACCAUGAAUAUGAUGAAGAUGAACUUGAACACGAACACGGUGAAAUUGAUGAUGCUGCUCAAGAAGAAUUCAACAAACACGAUGAAAAUGUCGAACAUCAAUAA